ACAGCUGAUUGUCGUCUCCAGGCUUGUACCCUUGCCUUAGGACAGCUGAUUGUCGUCUCCAGGUUACAGGGCUUUCUUUUCAGUUCCUCAAGGUGUUUAGAUCAAAACACUGAUCAGCAUUGUUGCGAAGGACGUCCCGCUUUCUUUUCAAUUCCUCAAGGUGUUUAG